GAGAAAGAUAAAGAUGGAGAACUAGUAGCAGGAAGGCACUUUAGAUGGGCAGGGCCAAUGUGGUAUGCUAAAGUUCCUAGAGGCGUACAAAUUAAUACAAUUCUGAGGUGUAUGAGGUCAGGCGAAAGAGGCAAUGGUGAUUU